ACUGACGAGAAAAGGCGGGUAAUUGUGUUCCGAAGCCGCGAGAAUGCCUGUUGCUUUGUGUUGCUUUGGUUGAUGUAUUUUGCAAGUGUGUUGCAUACGAUUUUUCCACAUUAUUUUCUGUUCGAAGUAAGCUUGAGUAUACGGAAUCUAGCAAGCAGAAACAAACGGCAAUAUGUUUGAGGCACGUCUGAUACAGAGCGCGAUCCUGAAGAAGGUGUUGGACGCGGUGAAGGAUCUCUUAACAGAAGCGACGUUCGAAUGUUCCGACUCGGGGAUUCAGCUCCAGGCGAUGGACAACGCUCACGUUUCCCUGGUCUCGCUGAAUCUCAGGAGCGACGGCUUCGACAAGUAUCGUUGCGAUCGGAAUUUGUCGAUGGGCAUGAGCAUCAGUUGUAUGUCGAAGAUUCUACGAUGCGCUGGUGCGGAAGAUACAGUGACCCUCAGGGCGUGGGAUAAUCCUGAAUCUAUCGUUUUUAUAUUUGAAUCGCCAAAUAAAGAUAAGCUCGCCGAAUACGAGAUGAAGCUAAUCAAUAUGGAUCAGGAGCAUCUUGGCAUUCCUGAAACCUCUUAUUCUUGUGUUGUGAAAAUGCCAUCUGCAGAAUUUACUCGCAUAUGCAGAGAUUUAAGUCAAUUUGGAGAAUCUAUAACUUUUGCCUGUACCAAGGAAGGUAUAAAAUUCAGCGCAACUGGUGAUUAUGGCUCAGCCAAUAUCAAGUUAGCACAGACUGCAGAUGCUGAUAAAGAAGAGGAAGCAGUAAUAGUUAACAUGCAGGAACCAGUAAAGUUAACAUUUUCUUGUCGUUAUUUGAAUUGUUUUGUGAAGGCUGGUCCUCUUUGCAAUCAAGUUCAACUGUCCAUGUCUGAUGAUGUGCCUUUAGUAUGCGAAUAUAAAAUUGGUGAUAUUGGACACAUCAGGUAUUACCUGGCGCCCAAGAUCGACGAUGAGGAGGAAAAUUAAAAUAAAAAAUAAAAUUCGUAUACAUUGAAUUAUAAUUAUCAGUACCGUA